AUGGAGCAGCAGCUGCCACACGAGCCUGAAGUGGGUGGAGCCAUGAGGCCUCUCAGAGUCCCAGGACCCGGUCUGGACCUGGACCAGUCCCAGAACAAGCCCAUGCUGCAGAACCUGAACGGGCGCCUAUGCUGUUACCUCCAGCAGGUGCGAUGUCUGGAGUCGUCCAAUCAGGCGCUAGAACAGCAGAUAGAGGCGGAGCUUCACAGGAGGUCACCUGGAGACAAGACUCACCUGAAAAACCAGGAGACCAGCAAUGACCUGAGGGACCAGAUCAGUGUGUGUGUGUGGGAGUGUGCGCUGCUGAAGCUGCACUGUCUGGGAACCGAACUCACAGCUACGGACUACGAGUGCACAGCUGUGAGGACGGAGCGACAGCAGGUGGAGGCGGAGCUUACUGACCUGAAGCUCUUGUGGGCGGAGCUACAGGAGCGUCACCUGACUGACCUGAACCAGGAAGUGUGUGCGAAAGAGGCGGAGCUUCGAGGGCUCAAAGCACAACACCAUCAGGACGUACAGCAGCUGCUCUCUCAGGACUUGGGCGUCUCGGUGCAGCUCCAGACUCGACCCUCAUUCCCUGAUGUGAGUCUCCAGCUGCAGACGGCCUCAGAGCCCACGCUGACCUGGAGUCUGCACACAGCAGCGGGUGGGGCGCGUGUUUCUGAAGACGCUGAGCAGCUGAGGACCACAGCCUCCAAUCUGCAGAAGGAGCUGGAGCAACUCAGACAACAGAACUUCUCUCUGGAGGCCUCUGCCCUGGACCACAUGGGGGCGCUGGAGCUCCUCUUGGCCCAGUCUCAGCUCAGAGCGUCACGUUUGUGCAACGAGCUGCAGACGACGCUGGAAGAAGAAGAAGACCUGAGAGAACGACAUGAGAGCGAUAGAAGAAUAGUGGAAAGUCUGAGGGAGGAGCUGUGGAGAUACAGAGAGCUGCUGCAGGAGCCACAGGGCGAUCACAGCGGCCUCAGUCCUAAUCUGAAGUGGACCGGUCCCGUUAUCCAAGUGUCAGCUCCCAAAAGCCCCAGGUCCAUCUACGCUGGGCAGAGGGUCCAGAACCACAGUGGCUUCGACCAAGCUCCAAAACGUGUCACAAUCAAUCCUGAGGUGAAGGUCCAGACCCCGAGUCCCGGAACAAGCAAAGAACCUUUCACCACAACCUCAGAGGAGACAACCACAGGAGUCUCGAAAUGUGAAACUGAAGCUGGAGAGACGACUCCUGAAGCAGAGACCACAGACGCUCUGACGACUCCUGAAGCAGAGACCACAGACGCUCUGACGGCUCCUGAAGCAGAGACCACAGACGCUCUGACGGCUCCUGAAGCAGAGACUACAGACGCUCUGACGACUCCUGAAGCAGAGACCACAGACGCUCUGACGACUCCUGAAGCAGAGACCACAGACGCUCUGAUGACUCCUGAAGCAGAGACCACAGACGCUCUGACGGCUCCUGAAGCAGAGACCACGGACGCUCUGAGAACUCCUGAAGCAGAGACUACAGACGCUCUGACGGCUCCUGAAGCAGAGACCACAGACGCUCUGACGACUCCUGAAGCAGAGACCACAGACGCUCUGACGGCUCCAGAAACAGAGACCACAGACGCUCUGACGGCUCCUGAAGCAGAGAUCACAGACGCUCUGACGACUCCUGAAGCAGAGACCACAGACGCUCUGACGGCUCCUGAAGCAGAGACCACAGACGCUCUGACGGCUCCUGAAGCAGAGACCACAGACGCUCUGACGGCUCCUGAAGCAGAGAUCACAGAUGCUCUGACGGCUCCUGAAGCAGAGACCACAGACGCUCUGACGACUCCUGAAGCAGAGACCACAGACGCUCUGACGGCUCCUGAAGCAGAGACCACAGACGCUCUGACGGCUCCUGAAGCAGAGACCACAGACGCACUGAGAACUCCUAUAGACUCUGUAAACGUGCCCAGAAAAAAAGCUUUUUUAAUCGUGAAAAUAAUAGAAGAAAAUAUGAGCAAAACUGACGUUGAGCCGCUGGAAAGUUUGACUCAAGAGCUGGUUUUGUAUUCUGAAUGUGGCGACAAAGUGGAGUCGUCUGCCGCUGAGGUCACAGAGGGUGGUGUUGAUGAAGACACCGACGGCAAACGCUCUCAAACUCAUGUUGUUGUUGUGAAAAUCACUGAGGAGAUCCAAGACAGUGUCCAUAAAACCAACGCAAUCAACCACAACGAGGAGGCUGGUCACAUGGAGGCCAUUUUGAGAAAGAACCCGGCUUCAACGUCACAGCUGCGCAACAACUGGAUGUCCAAUCUGUCCACGCAAAAAGUCCACACACAAGCAAAGAGAAUAUGA